AUGACGUUAACCACGAUACAAUUUCCAAAGCGAGGUAUUAUUCCCUCAGGUCUAUUGCUUACAGUUGUUUGCGCCGUUGGAAUACACGCAGUCAAACGUAAUCCUGGUCUACGUCAGCCAAACUUAAAUCAGUUAUAUAAGAAAAUAGACGCAAAGAUGGCAGC